AUGGGAAAAUCAUCUAGAAUUGAUUCACAUUUUACGCGAACAAGUACAACUAAUUUAGAGAGUGAUGAUAUACUACUUUCUAAUGUUAGUGAUUUUGACGAGCCAUCUAAUAAAAUUGCAAGAAAAAAUUCACGUGAAACUGAUGUUUCCUUUUUAGAGAGGGAUUCAGGAUUAAGAUGUCCUAGAUUGGAGUAUCCGGUCACUAAACGUGAUGAAAUUCGAAGAGCCUAUAUAAUGCUUGGACCAUAUCAACAUAUUCUCCCUAAGUAUCCAUUAUCAGGUCCAACAAGUCGUCCUCGACAUUUUAUUGCUUCUUGGUAUUCUAAAUUUCCGAGUUGGUUAGAGUACUCACCUAGUAAGGACGAUGCAUUUUGCCUUCCCUGUUAUAUCUUCAACAAGCCUACUAAACAUUUUGGGGGGAAUGCUUUCACUAUUAAGGGAUUUCAAAAUUGGAAGAACUCUCAACAUAUUGAUAAUGUACUCUCAAAACAAUAUUCGGUAGAUGUUGCGAAUAAUCGAUUACGAUUCAAGACCACAAUAGAUGCAGUCUGGUGGCUCACUUUUCAAACUUGUUCCUUAAGAGGUAAUGAUGAAAGUGAAGAGUCAAUAAAUUCAGGUAAUUGUCGUGAAAUGGUAAAGCUGUUGGCAUCUUAUAAUGAGAAUGUGGAUAAAGUGGCUUUAGAGAAUGCUCCAAAAAAUGCAAAAUAUAUAUCUCAUGAUGUUCAAAAGGAGAUCCUAAGUAUUUUUGCAAAGAAAGUACGUCGGACAAUACGUGAGGAAAUUAGCGAAGCUAAAUUUUGUAUUAUUGUGGACGAGUACCGAGAUUUGUCAAAGAGAGAACAGAUGGCUAUUGUGUUGAGAUUUAUAGACAAAAGUGGUUGUAUUCAAGAGCGUUUCUUUGAUCUUGUUCAUGUUUUUGAUACUUCAGCUAUGACUUUGAAAAAUAACAUAUCUGCUAUUCUUUCUUAUCACAACUUGAGCACUUAUAAUAUUCGAGGCCAAGGUUACGAUGGUGCAAGUAAUAUGCGUGGAGAGUGGAACGGGUUACAAGCUUUGUUUUUGAAAGAUUGUCAAUAUGCAUAUUAUAUUCACUGUCUUGCUCAUAAACUUCAAUUAGCAUUAGUUGGAGCAUCCAGAGAGGUAAUUGACAUUCAUAAUUUUUUCAGUCAAUUAUCUUUUAUCAUUAAUAUUGUUAGUGUUUCUUGCAAAAGACAAGAUGAACUAAGGGCUCCUCAAGCUACUAAUUGUCACGGCCCAUUUUCAUGA